AUGCCGAAACGACGUAGUGAAAGUACCGUCGAAUUUUUAUCAAAAAAAUUGAAGAAAUUGGAAAGUGAAAUUAAACGUUGUCGUCGGCCGCGUCGCCGCCGGCUACCAUCCAGUGCAUCCUCGUCGACCAGCUCGUCGCGCUCAAGCUCAUCGAGUUCAUCGCGCACCCGGAGCGGGCCCCGCGCGCGCUCGACGUCACGGGACUCAACGCCUUCGGAAAAACAUUACGACCGACAUGCAACAGAGCCCACGUCGCCUGCGACGCCACAAGAAACUGCCGCCGCCCAAGAACCGCCCUGCGCCGCCUCGCCGCCCGCCCAAGCUGCUCCUGUUGCACCAGGGACGCCACACAUCGCCACUGCCGACGUCGUGCCGCCACCUGUGCUGGCUACGGAGCAAGCAGAUCCGCCGUUAGAUCCUGAGAUUCUGGACAUCUUGGGCGAUGACCCGACCGCUGUGCAAAAGUUUGGUGCUAACAUUAACAAAGACCUGGCCAACCGGUUUAAUCAUAUAACCACUGCGGGUUUGGACAAGGAAGGUCGGAAAUUACUGAUCGAAAAAUAUCUUAUCCCGGCGAAUUGUUCAAAGAUAGCCGCUCCUCGGCUCAACCCGGAGAUAAAAGCGGCGGUCCCAGACAGCGUUGUGAGACGCGAUAAAGCGAUUGAAGCUCGACAGACGGAGAUCGCUGCCGCUAUUUCGUGUCUAAGUCAAGCGAUAUCGAAUCAACUCGCCGAAAAACAUACAAAUCAUGAAUUGUUAAAACGACUCAUGGAUUCGGCGCGCCUCAUGUGUGACAUCCAGUACAGUGAAUCUAUAUCAAGAAGAAACUUCACUUUGUACUCUCUAAAAAGAGAUAUUAAGGAACAAUUGACGAACGCCAAAAUUGAUACGUUAUUGUUCGGCGAAGAUCUACCCGAGACUAUAAAAACGGCGAAGGCCGUCACAAAAUCCAGCUCCGACCUCAAAAUGGACGUUCCUAAGAAAACGAACACUCAAAAAUAUCCUUCGAAGACUUUAAACUGGAAGACGGGGUCCGGCAACCGCAAGGCGGCGGCGGCGGGCCCCAGUCGCCGCCAGCCGCCGGCAGCAGCGAGCAGCCGGCCGCCCGCCAGCUCGUCGCGCAGCUCGUCACAGCCGCAGCGGAGCCGGCAGCCGCGCCGCCACUAG